AUGGAGAACGUUGAGAUACUAUCGUUUGCUACCAAUGGUCCUUCUUCAUCAUCCUGGCACUUUGCAGAACCAGGACCGAGCAGUGUCAGUAUCAGCACUAGCAUCAGCAGUACCAUUGCGAGCACAGAUCAACACUUGUCUCAGCAUCCAGAACGCUCCCUGCAAUCUUCCAGUCCUAUCACACGACUUCCAGUCGACAUACUGCUCUACAUCGCCUCCCUGCGGUUCCUAAGCUGGAACGACAUUGUGCAAUGGCGUGCCACAGCAUCGGUUUUCUAUCACUCGAUCCCUUUACCCUAUGCAACUAUGAUCUUGCAGGCAGCGUUCCUCUUCCAAGUUAGGCCGCAGCGUGGGGUACGCGAUGUGAAUCAACAGCGGCAACAACAACAGCACCAUCAGCAAGAUCAAUACACGCACGCGUAUACAUCGCGACUACAGUCAAACAACAUACAUUCUCUCUACAAAGAUCAGCAACUUCAAGAUAUCGUCGUUCGGUUGACCCGGAUAUUGACCCACCCCGAGUUCCAGCCGCACCUGAUGCGCUCCAGUUAUUCAUUCCGCAAUCAACUGCACUCUUCUUUUCACUGGCUUGAUCCAACACAGGAGCCCUAUUCCUCCGAAGAACGAACCAAGAAACCAAGCAGGAUGCGCAGAGAUAUGCAGGAUUACCCCAUUUUCAUCACAGGCAAUCCUCCGGAUCUUGUACGCCUCGCUAUGGAAUUUGGACAUGUGCCGUUUAUCGACCACCUACUUCACCGAGGAUUCCGACCCCGUAACCUGCCAGAAUAUUUCUCGCUUAUACCGUCUCUCCCAGUGGAGACCUCUACCAACCAACUGCCUGGCGAUGGUAAGCACAGCGGCAAUCGCAAAAGUGGAUGGAAGCGAGCGGAUGGGAGCGAAUCGCAAGAACAAGGUGGCAGCAGGAACAAUCGAACGUUAUUUCUGAGGCGAUCUCUCGAGUUGAACCAGAUCUGGGAGUGCAUGCGCCUGACUAACCAGGAGCUGGUGGAUGCCUGCGCUCGAGCCGACUUGGACGCUGUAAGGAAGGUCUUAGAUGCCACGCUUGUACGACCCCGCCCUACUUUGGACGGGGUACCCUCAACUAAUUCGCUUGAUUUUGACGCUGAGCCAACGUCAAAGGCGAGGGUCGAGGAAAAACACCGACACGCAAAUUACGGUACGGAGCCUGCAGCCCAGAUUUUGGAAGAUGAGUCUCUUCUCAUGUCAAGCCCUGGUAUCGCAUCCUCAUCUUCGGAUCGCUAUCCCGUCUCUCUAUCCCUAGAUCCCAUUGCUUCUGCUUCUGGACAUGACGAUACGCAAGAGAAUAGCGCUGAAGUCCAAGACGACGCGUUUUCUUCAACACCAAUCUGGACAGCACCGGCAGCUGUUCAUCGAUCAACCAUCUUUACGACCAGGCCAAGAGUGGACAGCGACAGCAUUCAGGAUCAACACCAUUCUUCCGACAGGACUUCUAGUCCUCUUCCAAGACCAGAAUGCCCAGAGCCGUAUCAGCAUAUGCCAUGGGUCGAUGGGCGUGCCUUGACAGGUGCUCUUUUGGCCGUUUGUUUUCGACGCGAUGGGUACGGAUCCGAAGAAGCCGAAGGUGCGGAAGAGAGUAAGACAGUGCCGAUCGUUAAUGAAAUCCUCAAGUACGACUGUAUGCUCACGGCACAAUCGCUCGGCCAGGCCGUCCUGGGUCUCGCCUAUUCGAGGCCGGCAGGGGCACUCAAGAGAGCUUCUGAGAUGAGACAAAAAUCAAAUCAAGGACAGGAGCAGCAUGGCCGAGGACAUUCUUCGCCAUCGACUUCAUUCUGGUCAUCAUCAAGUCAACCAGAGUCGACUUCUCAGCGAAACAGGGCGCUCAUUAGAGAUAAGGAUGUCAAUUCUGGUCUGAGUAUUAUGAAUCUUCUUAUGGAGAGAAUCGGGCCCCGCGAGUGGUUAAAGCUGAUCAAAUAUUAUCUCCAGCGACAAGCGUUUGAAGACUUAAGUAUAAUUCUGGAUAUAUGUCCAUUCAAGGGCCCGCAGCUCGAGGUCAAGGUUAAAGAUACCGAAAAUGACUUUCAUCCAUACAAGACUAUCAGAAGCCAGUACGACUAUCGCCGACAGCAGGCACGGGAGUUGAUAUGUCGAGAGACAGGAAUUUGUGGCAUGGGAAGCAGGUUAGGUCACUUCAGCGGGCGAGGUAUUGGUCAAGGCUCGUAUAAUGUCUCGGCUACCCUGCACGAUUCGAGUCGGAUCCUGUUUACUGGAAGCGGGACAAGAUUCACUAGUAGCUAUAUGCUGCCACGAGGAGGGUUCAGAGGCAUUGGCGGAAAUACUAAUGGGAGCUCAAGCUCCGUGGGUUAUAAUGGCGGCCAAGGCGCAGGCUCAGUAGAGUCCCUUACUGCAACCGAUGAGAGCAGUCAUCAAGACACACAGGCAUUGGAAGUAGACCAUCACUUCAACUCUUCACUGCCACUAGGUCUAUUUCCUCAAGACUUCCGCCAGGAGAGCCAGCAGAGCCAGCAGCGGUCUCCUGCAGGAACAGACCUGGCGUUGGGUGCAGCAGACAUGGAAGAGGAAAGCGCAGUCGAAGAGGACAUGCCUAUGAAUAUGAAUCAAGAGCUACUCGACACUCAGGACCCAAGUCUCGCAUUCGGUGGCGUUGGUAGUAGCACUACGUCCAGCUCUCGACCAGGGCCCGGCAUCGUCGGCAUCGCGGUCCAGGCGCAAGCACCCGAUCACAUCCUGAGGGCUUUGCUUAAGCUGGGUUUCAGAUUCUUCAGUAUCUGCGAUCUUUCCAUAUCUGAAAGUCGCCAUCCGCUAGCACUUCAAUUUCGACAGCAGGAAAAAAUGAAUCGCCAGCUGAUCGACUUUUGCAUGGUACCGAACACAGGAUCUCCUUCUGAACCAGACACAAAUUUACUCGACAUGAAGGGAAAGAAGAGAAUAGCAAGAAAGCGAGAUGAUGUCCAAGAUGAGAUCCGGUACGAUAUAGCAGACCAAGAAUACCAUGUUCAAGCGGUAGAAAAAUUUCUUUACCCAGCUGCCAGCAAUCCUGCUCAAGGAUCGGUUUCCACUCUCGCACUUCCAGCUCAUAUAUUGGAUUUAAACAGCGACAACCCUGGCUGCAUCAGCGAACAGAGGCCAUCCGUGAUUAUCGCCUCCACCGCGACCGCUGAAGAAGAUGUCGGGACUGACACCGAUUCCACUGGCUUGAUGGUCAUUCGCGAGCCAGCGCUAGCUCAAGUAUCCACUUCAACUCUGUCACUUUCCAAUCACCUAGAGUUCGUCUUGCCUCCUAUGUCUCUUGGCGAGACCUUUGAGUCAGGCGCGCCCGUGACAGAGUUCCCUGACCAAAUGAUAAGUCCUAGUCCGUCUUUGCAAGUUCCAUUUGAUCCAUCGCAGUAUCGCAUGAGCGAAUAUGCGAAGCCGAUGUCUCUAUCCACCCGAAAAUCGAUGCUUGAAGCUAGGAGCAUCAGCGGUUCAAACUUUGCUACUAUAGAUCUAUCCUCGUAUCGCGGAUUUGAGAUCAUGGGCUCAGGUCAAGAGGGAGCAUCGCCAACAAGCAUCUCAUACCAACAAAUGAUUAACGACACGACCAGGCGCAGAGUUCACGAGUGCCUUUCCUCCGAAUAUAUUGAUUUGAUGACCGUCGGCAUUUGUCUCUAUCAAGCGUGCUAUCACCAAAAAGAGGUUCUUCUGCGCGCUCUACUGGAACAUCGACUCCUUAUUGCUCAGGACGCUUUGGCAGGCGCAGUUCAGGUUGCAGCAUCGGUCGGAUGGAAACACGGACUAGAGAUACUGUUGAUGGAACAUGGGGACAUGGAAGCAGAGGUCGAUCCAGUGGUAACGAUGACGAGCGAGCAUGCCCAUCAUGGGACAUCAAUGAAGUGGGACUACGCUACCGCAGCGCCUUUGAACCCAGGGAGAAAGAACGAAAACAUAGGCCUUCCACGCAGCCUUGAUAUGCUAAGAGGAGGAUUAGAGAUACCCAGCGCUGAUGGGUUUGAGGAAACCCUUGGUGGAGGGCAUUGUCGAUAUCAAAGCGAUAGUAGUGGAUUGAAUUGGUUUAGUAGCCAUGAUGGCAACGGACAAGGAAGUAACAAUAGUCGCGAUAUGGUUGGGGGCGUAGGCGAAGGCAUCGCAAGGGAGCCAAGACAGUUAUUUGAGAUCCGUCAAAGGACUAGUUUGAAUGUCUCGCACCGGCCCAUAUUCCCUGAUAGGCGCUCAUCGUCCGCAGCACAUGUUCCUGUAUGGUCACUUCUGGGUCCAAUCACCCCUACCGCACGCUCCUCAUCUCUAGGAGUCAGGCUAUCCACAUUCUUGCCUAGCCUUACCGCAUCCAAAAAGGCCAAAAGGCAGGAGCGAAGUAGUGAUAAGUGCAAAAUAUCAGCAACAGAGCCGCUCCAGCAGGACAACGUUCAGCUUCGACAAAAGUCCCAACCAGCGCUACUUAUGCUUUCAGCAUCAGCCCUCUGGUCGCUCCCUAGCGUAAUGACCCAGCGCAAGAAUCGAAAUGCGGUGAUAGCACUCAUGGCAGCAACGACAAGGAACGAUCCAAGUUUGGUGCGGUGGAUAAUCGAGUCCUUUGCGGAUAUCAAGAUCGUACACCUCAUGCAGGCCCUCGUUAUUGCCUGUGAUCGCGGGCUUAUCCGAGUAGUACGAGUUCUCGUUGGGAACUCUGCGGUGGAUCGCGCUGCCAAGGCCAAGAGCAAGAGCACAGGAAAUCAUGCGCCGAGGCUCUUGUUUCGUUGCUGGUUGGCGCUUCAGUAUCAGAAGAUUACCGAGACAACACUUUCGGGACCAGGGACACAGGCCAGUGAAUACUCCCAGCAGAGGUUAAAUUCGUUCCCGUUCAUUUUUCUUAUGGAGUCUUCCCCCAUCUUUCGAUACUAUUACCAAACCCUCAACACACUUUCAUCAUGUCUUUUCAUGAACAGAAAAGGAAGCAUCUAUCGCAAAGCUCCUUCAACAGCCAAUAAUAUCAGCAGCUCAGCAUCGGAAGGACCCAGUACCAGCUCCCACCCGAAUGCGUUCACGAGUCCAGAAGCAGCUCCGCCUUCACCCUCGCGUCUCCAUCGACGGCAGCAGCAGCCUUCAUCAUCAUAUUCGUCGAUCGUACAGCUACAACUGCCUUCAAAGCAACAACAGCAGCAACGUGUGCGUACACGGCCACGGUCACCUCAAGAGGUCAAACAUAAGAUCAUUCGUAUCAUGCUCGAGCCCAUCUUGGAGACAUUCGGCCCGAUAUCCUUUCGAAAGGCACUGGACAGAAUGCCAAGGGAUUGCUGGUGGCCGCUGGACCACGAUGUCCGCCUGAUUGCCGAUCAGGAGGCUAGGACAUCUAUGAUCGCGAUUGCGACAACCAUGAAGCAGCAGACAAAAGAGCGGCAACAAGGCACACGGGUAUAUGGAUCGGGGCAAGAGCACAGUUCGGAGUUCACGGAGAAGGAUACCAUUGUGGCGGAGAUAAGUGCUGAGGGACGCCGUAAGGAAAGUUGGCAUAGGGUUGCAGGACAGCGCUUUCGACAGUGGGUAGUGGUACGAAAGAAAACAUCGAGUACAGAUCAGGCUCUGUCGCACAGCGAGAGCUGCGAUGAGAAGGUCGAGGGUACGCAGGGUACGCGCAGAGGAUCAAGGUCGUUCUUUCGAUGGCUAGGUUUUGUGCACGGGUCUACAUAG